CAAUAAUUAACCUCAGACACCAGUGCGAUGAAAAACAAUGAUCAUACGCAAGAUUUGCAAGAAAAACCUGAUCCUCAAAUUAUUGAUGAAUUCUCAUCUAUGGGGAGGUUUGGAUGGAGUUCUAUUGGAGGUAAUGAUAUUCCCUACAUAAUUCGAUUGGGAGAAAAGUUUUGUUCGGUCCGUAUGCUGGAAACAAAUGUAUUGAAUACGUGGAUUCAAUGGUUCUGUCAACGAAUCCGUACUGCCCUUUACAACUGUAUAAACAUAGCCAGUUAUUAUGUUACUAAAAAUGAGGCCCGCCUACUUAAUGAAAUUUCCUUUGUUCAUUGUGAUUCUCAAUUUGGAAGGCACAUAUUUAAUACAGGAGAUUUAGUAAUAAGGCUCGCUGAUGCAUCCGAAUGUUACAAUUUUUUUAAGCACUGCUGUGAUAAGUUAGCCAAUAAGUCACAAACCGACACAACCAAUAGAUGUGGAUUUAUUCGAAUUAACAAAGAAUCUGUAGUGCCCUUUACUGUUAAAAAUGGCCAAAGAUAUGUACCAAUUUGUGUUUUUAACGAAUCGGAUACCCUCGAACCGGAUGCAGAAAAAGUAGAAGGCUGGAAUCUAUCUUAUCUCAAAUUUUGUUGCGAAGUACAAGGCAUAAAAAAAGAACUGUUGGAAGAGGAUUUUUGUUUAGUUACAUCUUUAAAUAGCAUCAAAAACAGCUUUCCUCCUGAUAAGGAUUUUGAAGAUUAUUGGCCCGAAGAGAACCAAUUACAUUUUUUACCAGGUGAUAGGCUACAUUUAUCACAUAAUGUCCAAUGGUUUAGAAAACCAGCUGGUCCACCUCCUAAGCCAGUUAGAACUAUAAGAGUUCCAAUUAGGCCCAACUCCAGAAAAAUUGCAGCCAAUUUUAAGGUUGGUGGUAGCAAAAGUCAAUCUGCUAGCGAGAUUACGGCAUAUCAAUGCUAUCCAUCUACUUCAACUAUACAGAUGGAUGCUACAUCUAGAGCCAAUCACAGUAUUUCACUAGCAGCAGCAGCACCUUCAAUGCCUCCUCUUAGUAGAAUUGAGACAGUAAUUCCAGGUGAAACAAACUCCAUAGUUGAACAAGCGCCCGCUACAGUACAAAUCUUACAGCCUCCUACCUUAGACAAUAAUGGACUAAACACGACGACGCAAAAUCAAAAUAAUAGUACCGCCAAUAAGGAAUUAACUAUUCCUAUUGUACCCAGCCAAACGCCAGAUAAUUAUAUGCCACAGGAAACACUUGCAUACAAAUUGAGAAGAUAUAUGCUCCACGGCAAAAUGUUUAGAGGUAUUAAUUCUAAGCCCUAUGUCUUUAGAGGCUGCUAUUUGGUGACACUUCAUGAUUUAGUGAACAACCUGUUCAUUGGCACAUCUGCGGAGAAGAUUCAGCAACUUUUGCAAGUUUUGGGAAUUGAAGUACAUAAAGCAAAUGAAGCUCAAAGACAGGUUUUGAUGGAGCAAGGAAAAUUUGAGAAUGUAACUGGAGCUGUGUUUUUAGUUGACUUGAAUAAUCUGUUGAACUGUAUAGCACCAUUGAAGUAUAUGUUGAAAGGGCGUAGAGAAAGUGUAGAAGAGGAAAAAGAACCAAAGAAAUAGCUAUCAGCCAAUUCGAAGACACACCAUAAUAAUCAUAAGGUUAUUUACCAAGAAUAGAUAUUUUUUACGUUAAACUUUUAUUUGUUAUACCGCAUCAUGUAUUAUAUAGCAUUACCACG